AUGCAAGAAAAUGUAUUGCGCUCAAUUUUAUUGUUUUUCGAAUUUCGUUCAGCAUUAUCACUUAAAGAAAUUGUCAUUUCUGUGUCAGAAGUAAGAAGUACAUACAAGGAAAAAAAUGUUCGACAAAUUGUUCAAUUACUAUCGGAUGCAUCCUGUUUUCAACGAGUACGAGGAUUUCACCACCGUUUAUUAAUAAAUCUUGAACAAAACUUUCAAAAUUAUGAAAGUCUUCGCAAUGCUUAUGAUGUACAAUUUAUUCGAAGUGCUAUAGUAUUUGGAUUUAAUACAUCACCCGAAGUAUGGUCGAAAUUAUUGUAUGGUACUGAAGAAAAUGAAUUAUCAAUGGAAUUAAUUCUUAAUCAAUUGUCAACCAGAUAUUCAUUUUCAAAAUUAAUUGAACAAUUCGAAAGUCUUGUACGAUGUGGUGAUGAUUCAUCUAAACAGUUAUUAAAAAUAAAAAAAAAAUUUAAAGCUUUAUGUCAACUUGAUUUUACAAAUGAUAAUCCAAAACAAAUUUCUAAUAAUGAAGUAUUUUAUUCAACUUGGAUAAAAAUUACUUCAUCAUUAAACUCGAUUAAACAUAUUUUAGAAUUAUUAAUUAAUUUUAAUAAACAAAAAAUAAAUAAAACUUCACAUCCACCAAAAUUAGUACUUGAAGGUAAUAAAUGGAUUGUUGAAUAUUAUUCGGGUCGAUCUGAUUUAAAAAUAACUGAAACAAAUAUGAUACAUACAAUAUAUGUUUAUAAAUGUUCAAAUUCAACAUUAAUUGUUCAUGGUAAAGUUAAUUCAAUUACACUUGAUCAAUGCACAAAUGUUGGCAUACAAUUUACAUCAGUUGUAUCAUUAGUUGAAUUUGUUAAUUGUUGUCAAAUAAAAGCACAAGUAAUGGAAAAUGUACCAACAAUACAAAUUGAAAAAACUGAUGGUUGUCAUAUUUAUUUAUCAAAUUUAUCACUUAAUACAAUAUUUAUAACAUCAAAAUCAUCUGAAAUGACAAUUAAUGUUCCAUUUGGUGAUGGAGAAUAUAAAGAAUAUCCAAUACCAGAACAAUUUAAAAUAUGUUUACAAGAUGGAAACAACUCAUUACUGUACCAAAUGAAUCAUCUGGUUUUUAAAAACAGGGGAUAUUAA